UGUCCGUGCGUGUGCAAGUCUGGCAGCGUAACAUCUGUGCGUACGCGGUCGUGAUUGUUGUGAAGAUGGCGGGGGGAGAGACAGAGAAGGAAUAUGACACAAGGAAAGCUAUCGAAGGGCUCCGAGAACGGUUCCAGGAAUUGACCACAACGCUAAAAGAAAGCUCGGAAUCACUGUCUGAGGCCUCUUUGCGUUUCUGCCAGGAAUUCUGCCAGAUCCUUGUGGAACAUGCAGGCCGAUGGAAGACUGAGGAGGAGCCACUGCCUUUACUGGAGGCGUACACAGUGGCCAUACUCAGUUAUGCGAAGGCCACGUCCUGUCUCUCCUCCGAAUGUGAAAAUGUGCCACUCGUUCUUGAAAACCUAGCAAUGAGCUGUCUGGAGCUCCUUCUCUCACUGCCUGAGCAUGUCCCUGGUGCCUUAUGGGGGGAGUUUCAGUCCUCUGUCAAGUUGGCACACAGCCUUUUGCAAGAAAAUGGGAACACACAGCUUCACAUGCUAUCAGCUAUGGCACAGGCGCCUGGUGUGUGGAACAACACCACUCUGUGCAGCAUUCUGUCUAAUGAGAUACCUGAAAUUGACAGAGUUAAUGAGUUCCUGCAGAUGGAAGGUCCUACACUCCUUAAUAUGCGAAUAAAGCACCUUAUCAAACAGAAUCGAACAGAGAAAGCAGCCGUCUUAGCGAAGAUGUGCUCGGAGUAUCCAGACUACGAAYGAAAAGGGAACUUCAAGCAGACAUACUUUGUUUGCCUGUGUGUGACAAAAACACAAGAACAACUCAUGCAAGAGAUCACGCAGGUAGACUGUAAGGAUGCAUUGGAGAUGAUUUGUAACCUGGAGUCGGAUGGGGAUGAAAAAGGAGCCCUUUGUUUGUGCUCUGRGUUCCUCAAGCGGCAGCUUCUCCAGGGAGAUGUGUAUUGUGCCUGGGAGCUCACACUAUUCUGGAGUAAGCUUUUAAUGCGGUCAGAGUCUUCAGCAGAUUCAUUUCUUGAUCAAUGCAGAAAGUUGGUCCUGCUAUCAAGGAACGUCUGUCAUAUCCUCUUCCUCAUCAAGGUUAUCCAGUCCGAGGUUGGAGGAGUGGGACUGCCUGUGUGCAUUGAAAUGUGCAUUCGAGCUCUACAAAUGGCAUCCAGUGACAACACAGACAGCAGGACAACCAUCUGCAAAACUAUUUCCUGCCUUUUGCCCACUGAUUUCGAGGUGAAACAGGCAUGCCAACUAACAGAGUUCCUCAAUCAGCCUACUGUGAACUCAUAUUAUGCUGUUGAAUCACUCUAUAAUGAACCUGAUGAAAAGCGUGAGGAUGAGAAUCUUCCAGUACCCAACUCACUACGCUGUGAGUUACUGUUGGCCUUGAAGACACAGUGGCCUUUUGAUCCAGAAUUUUGGGACUGGAGAACCUUGAAGCGCAAUUGUUUGGCAUUGAUGGGUGAGGAGGCAUCCAUUGUGUCAUCUAUUGACACUCUCAAUGACACUGAUGAGGGACUUGAGGAUGAUGCAGCAGAAACGGGUUCAGAGUUCAAAGACCUUGAGGAUUUUAUUUUGAACACAACAAAUGAAUUGAAUGAAAUUGCAGAUGAAAAAGAGAAAAAUAGGGAAGCUAAGAAAUUAAGGGAGAAAGGGUUUGUUUCGGCAAGAUUUAGGAAUUGGCGAGCCUAUAUGCAGUAUUGUGUUCUAUGUGAUAAAGAGUUCCUUGGCCACAGGAUAGUCCGUCAUGCACAGAAGCAUUAUAAAGAUGGGGUCUACACCUGUCCAAUUUGUGCUGACAGCUUUAACACUAAGGAGAUCCUUGAGCCACAUGUAGCAUCACAUGUAAAGCAAUCUUGCAAAGAGCGACUUGCUGCAAUGAAAGCAACUAGGAAAUUGCCCAAGCCAAUGCAAUCCACCAGCAGUCAUUGGAAUCAUUUGAAAGAUAGAGCUGUCGUUAAGCUUGAGGCAGAGACCAAUAUCAUUCCAAAUGAUGCUAAUUUUCUGGAUGGAAAUCACAACAGUGCUGAAACUGUCAUAGUCAAUACUCAAAAUCCUGUACAAACUACGGMCAGUCCUCCAAAGCCUGUACAAACUAGAUAUGAAGCUGAAUUUACAGAGGAUUGUGUCUGCCCUGUUACAUACUGUCAGAAGGUAUUCAAGUUUUUUCGGAGUCUUGUAACGCAUGUAAAAGCCCACAAAAAUGACGAGGAAGCAACACGUUUUUUGGAYAUACAACGACAGAAGGUUGUGUGUCAGUAUUGUCGUCGGCAGUUUGUUAAUGCCAGACAUCUGAAUGAUCAUUUGCAAAUGCACUGUGGUGCUAAGCCAUACUAUUGCAUACAGCUGAAUUGCACAGCCAGCUUUCACUGCAAUUCGGAACUUCUCAUGCACAAAAGACAACACACUGACUUUAAGGCACGGUGUAUGUUCCCUAAUUGUGGAAGGAUUUUCAAUGAGGCCUACCUGUUGUAUGAUCAUGAGGCACAACAUUACCUUACAUUCACUUGCAAAAUAGCUAAUUGUGGGAAGAUUUUCUAUUCACAGUCCCAGCUAAAUUUGCAUCAGCAGAACCAUGAUACAAAUGAAGUGCCCAUCACAAGUGAGAAUCAUCCUGAACUUAAAAUGGAAKCUUCCACCCAGUGCUCCGCUAGUCAAGAGGAAACCUGCUCUGCCUCUGUCAUUCUAGAUCAGAAGACUGCACAUGAUUAUGUGAAGGAAGGAGUAGUUAAAUCAGGUUCGUCAACAUCAACAGUUCCUGAGAACCCAAACGGCACAGUGAAAAUAAAACAUUCAGUCGAGAGCAUGUUGAAUUCUGUUAUCAAUCCUAGAAAGGAGUUACAGAAGUGUUAUGUUCCACUCAUCAAAACUAAGCUCGGAUUGGAGAAUGCAAAACUAUCUCCUGAUGUCCCACUCCAAGAUAUGAUUGCCAAUUGUGAGGAUCAAAAUCACUGUGGAACCAAUCCCUUGAAAGGGUAUCCAAAAGAGGACKUGGAUAACCAACCAACUGAAGCUGUUCAGAAAGUGUUACCACAGGCCUUUCCUCUACCAGAAAUUAAGAGRGAACCCCCGUUUUUGCUACAUCCAUAUGAAAGCACUCCUGRAAUAACUGGUAGAGAUGAAGAUGCACAUAGUUGUCCACUUGAAGCAUGUGACCGCAAAUACAGUACCCCCAAAAGUCUCUCCCGACAUGUAAAGAAAAARCACCCAGUUAUUUUUGAAGACUGGAAACUGGCUAAGAAGUACAAGAAAGUUGCCAAAAUAACUUCGAGAAAGGUUCCYUCCGUGAACAGGACUUCAAAGGACCAAACAUCACUUCAUCAAGUAUCACAAUGCAGAAAUACUGGACUACAGCAGUUCGAAUAUCCGAUGGCAUGUUCAAGUUUACCUGCUGUUUGCCCUCCUUGGGAAGCCCCACCAAAUCAAACUGGGCUAAUGCAGUCAGAGAUGGGUGAAGCGUGGACAUCUACAUUGAACAAUUGCUAUGCAGAUGUCUUCCAUCCGAAUGAAUACACCAAUAAGAGUGUAACUCCUUGGCAAUCAGAAUCUCAUCCAACUGGCUAUCCAUUAGAAAGGGGCAGAGAACAUACACCAGCAAAUAUGCAUGGCAGUGCCAUCCAUCCCAUUAAAUCYGAAUCAAGUUUGAUGAAUCAGAUGUCAGAAUAUGUGUCAAGCUCGCUUAUGCUGGAUAAUGGAGGACACAUGCACAGUGGAGGACAACACUAUGGGAUAAUUAACUCUGGGGUUAAUACAGAUAGUGUUGAUGUUCCCCUAAUGAGAAAAAACUAUUCCAGUAUGUUUUCCCAAGAAAGUAGUGGUAACAAUUUGUCAGCUGGAGGUUUCCUUGCUUCAUAUGUCCCAGAUGACUCUUCCAAUCUUAAUUCAAGAUCAAGGCCAUCAACAGACAUUCCAAGCAAUGUAUUGAGUCAUGAUGGCCAAGUAGCACCAAGAAACACAGUGGAGAUGACCAACAUUGAGAACAUAACCCAUUUUCCAUCACCCAGUUAUGAGAAUCAGAUGAACAGCUCUGUAGAUGACAUGCUUCUUAGUCCACAUGCUUCUAUCCAAACAGAUUUCUCGUAUGAUGAGAACACAUGUCAUGCAGAAUCUGAAGCUAUCCCUGCAGACGACAAGAAUGCUGUUCAUGAGACACAGACAGUAAAACGCUGCAGACUCAGCAAGAGAACGAAAUGGCCUGCUAUUAUAAAGAAUGGUAAAGUAAUCUGCCGAAGAUGCUUUAGAGAAUUCUCAAGCACGAAAUCUCUCGGAGGUCAUCUUUCGAAACGCUCCCAGUGCAAACCAUUAGAUGAAAUGGAUUUAACGGAUGAUUUGCCUACAUCAUUUCUCGACUUUCUCAAUGACCCAAAUGUUCCUGAAACCAAUGGCUCAACAAACAACUUGGUAAKUGUUGAAAUCCCACAGGAAGUUGUUGGUAAUCUCUCCACACCAAAUACCUCUGAUUUGGCACAAAAGGAAACCUCAAAACCACUGGAUUCUCAUUCAUUAAACACCUUUCCUUCAGUUUUGACAGGUGGACAAUCUAAACUCUGCCCAAAUAAAACAGGAGUUUGGAUAGAAUUGAUACAGUCAAAAAAUAAUGUUGGUAGUCAGCAGAAGGAGGAAAAGUCAAAUGAUAGUCUUGCUGAAAAAAGGUCAAAUACAACUUCCAUUGCAGCAUGUCAAGAUGACAAGGUUAUAGAAAUUCAAAAUGCCUUACAAAUGUUGGAUUUAGUUGAAGCUGCACAUGAGAAAAGUUUGCAGGAAAAUUGUUCCUCAAAGUACAAUGACCGCCAAAGCAAUGCAAUCUCAAGCGAUAAUGUCAUGCAAAAAGAUAGUGAUCAAAGCAUGACAACAAAACUGAUUAUGAAGGAGGACCAGAAUCGUGACAAUGGCCCCAAGCCGUUCAAGUGUGAAAUGGAUCAUUGUGAAUAUGGGUUCAUGACCAAAGAGGCAUUGUUCAGACACCUUGCUCGAGUUCAUGAUUACACAAUUGAGAUGAUUGAGYACCUCAAGAAAACCCCAGUCAAAUUCUCUCCAUAUCCUUGUCACAUUUGCCCGAAAACAUUUACCAGAACCACAGGCCUAAGAAUUCACUAUGAAAAGGUUCACCACCUGACACAGGCAGAGAUGAACAAGUUAAAGGUUGGAAGUCGCAAAAAAAAGUCAAGCAACUCUACUAUUGAAACAGAGGUAGAGAGUAGUAAUGGAACUGGAUCUUCGGUUGUGUCGACUUUAAUCAAACAAGAGCCACUUGAUAUUGACAUUGGCUGUCCAAUGCAAAGCACAAAUCAAGAGGGACAUGCACUGUCCUCUGAGAUCAUUACAGCAGGAGAUGUAGUACAAGAGGAUUCCUUCCAUCAGUCAACAGUUGAGAGAGUGCAAUCACCACAAGAUACUCUGGAGGACCUUGACAAGUCAUUUUACCAGUUAGAAUCACCAUCAAAGACAGGAUACACCAAGAAUGAGCCAUCAAUGACAGCCAUGCAAACGAACCACACCCCAGUGUUGAAGCAGAAAUUCGGUCAAGAUGACACACUAAAAAAGGGACCGGAAGCAAGUUCGAACACUAAAUAUUUUAGCCAUGCAACAGAGGCGAUAUCCAGCCAGGCUGUGAAACCCUCACCUGAAAAGGCAAGUUGUUCAAAAUACACAAUAUCUAAAGAUGAGGUUCAUGUACAAAAGAAAGAAAAGUUUCAGAAAAGGUUGGGGAUUCAACUGUGUGAUGCUGACAAUUCUUUCAGUCCAUAUAGGCCGUACCGUUGUGUUCAUGAAGGAUGCGCUGCAGCUUUUACGAUCCAGCAAAAUUUGAUACUUCACUGUAGGGCUAUGCAUCAGUCAUCCCUUCCCCUGCCUUCAGGAGACCUUGAUACUGAUAUCCCUGGUCAACAAGCUGCUGAAGUCCCGAAUAAUGAAAUCAGAUGUCAAGUGAAAGACUGUUCAAGGAUAUUCCCGGGGAUCACAACCUUAGUGCAGCAUUACCUCUUGCUUCAUAAAUUCACUCGCGAUAAAGCCACUGUUAUGAUGUCAAGCAUCAAGGUAGGGACAUUCCAGUGUGACCGGUCAGAAUGUACACUCUCCUUCACAUCUGUGGAGAAAUACAUUGACCACAUAAAAAACUUUCACAAGGAAAUAAACAUCUCUGAGAGAGGCAGUGUGGAUCAGACUUUCAAGUGUGAGUAUGAUGGCUGUGACCGGGUCUACACUACAAAGUCAAACCUCCUUCGRCAUGAGAUGAAAAAGCAUAAUUUAAUUUAUAUUCCCAGAACACAGCAACAGAGAACAACAGGCGUCAUUCCCAACAAUGGUAAAGAGAACAUUGAAAACAAAUUCAAAGUGAAGAAGAAAAACACUAAGAAGAAAGAUGACAAAUCACCUGACCACUGGACUAGCUUUGGAAAACCCUCUCUGAAAUCUAUGGAUGAAGCAUCUGCCAUGUGCACAAAAAACUUCUCUUUGCAAUACCCAUGCAUGAUAAAAGGCUGUGAUGCUGUUGAGAGGGCUGAACGGAAUAUAUUCAGACAUUACACCACACAUGGCCUCACUGAGCGAUAUAUAGAGGAUCAGAGAAGCCAGUUCAUUUUCUGCAAAAAGUACCCACGCUCAAGAUUCAAAGAUGCAAACAAAUCCGAGGGUAUGUCAACAGACACCUCCGCUGAGGAGACGGACCCUAAUGAGAGUGAACCUGAGAUUUCAAAGACCAACUGUCAGGGGCAAGAAGCGUUGGAUGGUAUCAUUCAAGCAGAGGCUAAACUGUCAACUGAUGCUAGUUCUGAAUCCCAGUCUUCUACUUCAGAGGUCAAAAAGAGGGGGCGUCCCCUAAAAUCGGAGCGGCGAGCAUUAGCUUGUCCGGACAGAAGAUUGACUCUGAGAAAUCGUUCAGCAGAUAAAGUUUACCAGUUGACAGACACUUCAGACCAGAGCUUCACUGCUUCUCAAGAGGAAGAAACGGAGGAUGGUGUUGCACUGGACACUUUGUUAAAGUUCCUGGAAACUUCACCAUCGACCCACACUCCCAAAAGAAAAAUGAGUGGAGGUUCAAGAACGGAGUUGCCAUUAAAACAGCAGCGUACCUUUCAGCAGAAGACGGCCAACAUUAUAUGCGAAACACCUGAUAUAUUUAUUGAAGCCUGUCAAAACCUUGUAGACUUCAGAAAUCCUCUCAGUCUUCAAUCGGUGAACAAUGUGAAGAUAGUAAUGGACAAAACCUUUUCCAAUGGUGCUGAGCGUUUGCUAAAGCAACUUCAAGAUAUGCGACCCAUGGUUUUAAUAAAAAAGUGGCUUCAUAGUUGAUGGAUUGCUCACAGCCUGUUUUUAUUUUUUACUCUUAACUCAGGAUUAGAAAAGUAACAUGCUGCAAACAUAUGUUAAUAUUGUUCAGAUAUCAAAUGGUUAACUGUUUUCACCAUUAAACAAUUGAAGGAGUAUUUUCUACUUAUUAUGGUUGAUUUUAAAUUUGGGUAAUGUAUGUUAGUCAUAUAAGAACCAGGUAAUCUAUAGGGAACAUAGACUUUAGAACAUGUUUGUAUUUAUGAGGCUUCUAGUACUAAAAUUGUUUUUGCUAAAUGAAGAAUUUUAAGGAAAAACAGUUUUUAUAUAUCCCUAUGGGAUUAUAUUUUUUGUUUAUUUAAAUGUUUCGACACUAGUAUCUGUAAUAUUUACAUGUCUUCCACAAAGUGUUAAAUAAAAUAACUGUUUGCCUUUGUAA